GUCCUGCCAAGAAGGAUAGAGCUGAGACUGAAACACUUGUCAUCGUUUACCAGCACAUAAACUCCCCUUGCCUCUUCCCCUUACCAACCAAUGAAUUUCCCAUGGUUUGUGUGUUAGUAAACCUACAAUCUUGCCUGGUGAGGAUACAGUAGCUUGCAUCUACAUACAUCAUACUAGGUUGCGUCCGUUUGGAGCAAAAUGGAGGCUGCCAUGGACAGCGGAUCUGUGAGAGCUACAAUGAGCAUCUUUGGCGAGAGCAUCAGUGGGAGAAAGGCAGAGAAGAACAGAGGGCAUGCUCUAGCUCAAGAGAACCUGUCUUCUGAAAUGAAACAGAUAGCGAAAUCCAGCAUGGACAAGCUGAAUGAACGCAAGGCAUCUGUGGAUAACGAGCGAGCGGGCGCGGAGUCGGAGCUAUCGAGAGCACGGGCAAUGGCCAAGGAGCUGGAGCGCCAAAUCGACCAGACCAAGGCCAAAGUGACGUCCCAGAGGUCGGAGCUGCAAGCAGUGCGGGCGACCAGGACACGGAAGAGUGAGGCCCAGGAAGCGCCGGACGCACACGACGGGGAGGUGGCGGAAGAGCUGGACCGCGUCAAGAGGGAGCUCCGCAAGCUGAGGCUGGAGGUGAAGUCGGCGGCAGAGGCCAAGGCCAAGGCCGAGAGCGACGUCGUGACGACGGUGUGCAAGAUCCAGUCCAGCCUGCAGGCCACCGACGAGAUGAAGCGGCGCGUGGACGAGGCGAACGAGGAGCACGUCCUGGUCGAGCUCGCGCGCAUCGAGGCCGAGCGGGAGCGCCGCGAGCUCGAAGCCCAGCGCGUCGCGGAGGCCGAGCGGUUCGCCAAGGAGAUCGAGGCCACGAGAGCCAAGGUGAAGGCGGCGCGCAGGGAGGUGAGCCGCGUGAGAGAGCUGGAGGCGAAGCUGGAAGCGACCAAGGCCGACGUGGAGGUCCUGCAGGGCGAGAUGCAGCUGGUGCGCGCCAUGGAGAAGAAUCACGUCGCGGACGUCGACGAUGGGGCGGCGGAGGCUACCGCGAGGCAGAAGAAAGAAGAGGCGCAGGACAGGGCGGUGCUGCAGGCCACGGAAGCGGAGCUAGGCGCGGCCAAGGAAGAGCUGGAGAGCAUCAAGGCGGGAGGGUUCCAGUUCAUGACCUCCAUGGACCGCACCCGCACCGAGCUCAUGCGCGUCGUCGAGGAGAUCGACCGGCUCAGGACGCAGGAGAAGAACGCGGACGCGCAGGUGCAGCAGCUCAACACGAAGCUCCUCAAAGCGAGGGCCCAGUUGGAGGCUGUGACGGCCGCCGACGAGAGGUCCAAGGCGAUCGUGUCGAACCUCACGGCCGCGAUGCAGCAGCUGCAUGCCGAGACCGAGGCGGCGAGCAAGGAGGAGGAGCUGACCAUGCUGGAGAAGCGGUGCGUGGUAGCGGAGGCCGAGAACGUCACCAGGGAGAUGGCCACGGCCGAGGAGAGGAUCAGGCAGGCGGUGAAGGAGCUGGAGGCGGCGAAGGCGUCCGAGGCGUCGGCGAUGAAGAAACUCAAGGCCGCCGCGGAGAGCACGAUGCAGGCAAGGGCAUCGCGGCGGCAGGGGACGGUGACCGUGUCCCGGUUCGAGUACGAGUACCUCAGCGGGCGCGCGGCGCUGGUCCGGGUGGUGGCCGACAAGAAGGUGGCCGCGGCGCAGGCGUGGGUGCAGGCGCUGAAGGCCGGUGAAAAGGAGGCCGCGAUGCGCGCCGAGGCGGUAGAGCGCGAAUUAAGGGAGAUGGGCCCCAGGGAAGCGCAGGCGGCGUCGGAGGCGGAGAAGACGACGGGCGAGCAGAAGGCGCUGGAGCAGGAGCUGUACGACCUGAACGCGACGGCGGAGAGCGUGGGUCUGCAGUGCGCCUACCCGCGGCGGAGGUCGAGCAGGGUCUCGAUGACGUCGAGGAGGUCCAAGGCGCGACGGUCGUCAGUGUCAGCGGCGAACUGGAACCCGAAGUCGCCGUCGUUCACCAUCAAGAGGAAGAAGAAGGUGAUGCCCAGCCUCCUGAAGCUCAUCAAGGAGAAGAGAGGCGGUAGCGACAAGAGCCCCAACUGACUAGUGAGCUUUGCCUUCUCGGCAUUAAAAUCAAGACUGUUUUGCUUCCAAGGAUGGUUACAAUUUGCACACUUUUAGUUUUUUUGAAAUUUUAAAAUCUCAUGUUUUUAUGUUUUUUAAAAACUAUGGCAUUAAAUAUGUAGAUAUAUAUGUUCAUGAAAAGUGUA